AGACUGUGCAGGCAUUAAAAUUUUGCCUGUAAAACUCAAAAACAAAAGAAAACUGAAAGGAAGAAAUAAGAACAAGACAAAGAUUGUAUAAAUUUUAAAAUCAUGCAAAAACUGCAAAUCUAUGUCUAUAUUUACCUGUUUAUGCUGAUUGUUGCUGGUCCAGUGAAUCUAAAUGAGAACAGCGAGCAAAAAGAAAAUGUGGAAAAAGAGGGGCUGUGUAAUGCAUGCACUUGGAGACAAAACACUAAAUCUUCAAGAAUAGAAGCCAUAAAAAUUCAAAUCCUCAGUAAACUUCGCCUGGAAACAGCUCCUAACAUCAGCAAAGAUGCUAUAAGACAACUUUUGCCCAAAGCUCCUCCACUCCGGGAACUGAUUGAUCAGUACGAUGUCCAGAGAGAUGACAGCAGCGAUGGCUCCUUGGAAGAUGAUGAUUACCACGCCACAACAGAAACGAUCAUUACCAUGCCCACAGAGUCUGAUCUUCUAAUGCAAGUGGAAGGAAAACCUAAAUGUUGCUUCUUUAAAUUUAGUUCUAAAAUACAAUACAAUAAAGUAGUAAAGGCCCAACUGUGGAUAUAUUUGAGACCCGUCAAGAGUCCUACAACAGUGUUUGUGCAAAUCCUGAGACUCAUCAAACCCAUGAAAGACGGUACAAGGUAUACUGGAAUCCGAUCUCUGAAACUUGACAUGAACCCAGGCACUGGUAUUUGGCAGAGCAUUGAUGUGAAGACAGUGUUGCAAAAUUGGCUCAAACAGCCUGAAUCCAACUUAGGCAUUGAAAUCAAAGCUUUAGAUGAGAAUGGUCAUGAUCUUGCUGUAACCUUCCCAGGACCAGGAGAAGAUGGGCUGAAUCCCUUUUUAGAAGUCAAGGUAACAGACACACCCAAAAGAUCCCGAAGAGAUUUUGGACUUGACUGUGAUGAACACUCAACAGAAUCUCGAUGCUGUCGUUAUCCCCUAACUGUGGAUUUUGAAGCUUUUGGCUGGGAUUGGAUUAUUGCACCCAAACGAUACAAGGCCAAUUAUUGUUCUGGAGAGUGUGAAUUUGUAUUUUUACAAAAAUAUCCUCAUACUCACCUUGUACACCAAGCAAACCCCAGAGGCUCUGCAGGCCCUUGCUGUACUCCCACAAAAAUGUCUCCAAUUAAUAUGCUAUAUUUUAAUGGCAAAGAACAAAUAAUAUAUGGGAAAAUCCCAGCCAUGGUAGUAGAUCGCUGUGGGUGCUCAUGAAAUUUAUAUUUGGUUCAUAACUUCCUAAAACAUGGAAGCCUUCCCCUCAAUAAUUUUGAAGCUGUGAAAUUAUGUACCACAGGCUAUAAGCCUAGAGUAUGCUACAGUCACUUAAGUACAAGUUACAGUAUAUGAACUAAAAGAGAGAAUAUAUGCAAUGGUUGGCAUUUAACCAUCAAAAUAAAUCACACAGUAAGAAGUUUUAUGAUUUCCAGAGUUUCUGAACUAGGAGAUCAGUUACAUUUAUGUUCAUAUAUAUUACAACAUAUACAAGCAAAUGAAAACAACUCUCCUUGUGUUCUGAUGCGUAAAGGAACAUGUUUUAAAGUCUAUUUCCUUACAGCUGCAUUUAAUACUUACAGAAAAAUCUAUAUAUAAUAUUGGUAAAAUUCAGGAUUGUUAUAUACCAUCAUUUGAAUCAUCCUAAACACUUGAAUUUAUAUUGUAUGCUAGCAUACUUGGUAAGAUGAAAUUCCACAAAAACAGGGAUGGUGCAUUAUACGCAAGUUUCCAUUCCCAUUUCGAUUGGUACAGUACAUUAACAAUCUAUGCCAAUGGUGCUAAUACAAAAGGCUGAAUGGCUGAUGUUUAUCAGGUUUAUUAAAGGUAAGUCAUUCAGUAAAAUAAUUUUUUUCUUUAGGUGCAUUUUUAUACACCUCCAAAUGGGGAACGGAUAUUCUUUAAUAAAAGAAGAAUCAUUUUUCUGGAGGUCAGCAAUCAAUUAUAUACUUGAGAAACUGCAUUUUAUUAAAAGGCAGCCAAAACAAUAUUCAUUUGUAUCAAAAUUUCAAAAUAAUAGCCUGAC